GCCUUAACUGUCGUGAAAAUCGCCAGGAAGUAGCCCGUAAACGGAAGCCGCGCGGUGUCGCAGCGAGCCGCGGAUCCCCGCUCCGAAGGAUGUGAUCCGAGGAAGAAGAAGAAGAAGGCCGAGUCCGGGCCAGAGGAGCCUUUUCUACACUGCCACGAGGAAAUCCGGAUUAUCCAACUUCCUCGGGCUAGUAUCGUGAUCGUCUUCGUGGCCACGCUGACGAUGGAGCCCAGGGAACGCUACCAGGAGCUCUGCAGACUUUGCGCAUCCUACGACGCCGUCAAGAUGGACAUUUUCGGUCAAGAGGGCAAGAACAGACAGCUCGUUGACAAGAUACAAGCUUGUCUGCCGUUUAAGAUUGCAGAAGAUGAUAGACUACCAAAAUGCCUAUGUUACCGCUGUAUGUACAAUUUGGAAAAUUUCUAUGAUUUUAGAACAGCGUGUGUUAAUGCAGUGGCCCUCUUGGAAAGGUGUUUACCACCUUCAGAAUUGAAUGGAGAUGUUACAACCACAUUGACAUAUUAUAAUGAUUCAGAGCUCUUUAAGGCAAAAGAGAGUAUACCAGUAUUGAUUCCAGAGGCUCCAAUUGUAAAUCCAAAUGCUGCCUUAGGCACACCACCCAGAUUAAAUUCUGAUGGGGAAGCUGAUCAUGAAACAGAAGAAAUUGUUGAUAACAGUGGUACAGAUGAAGCAACAAUAGUAGAUGAUUUUGAAGAUCGUCGUUCAGAAGAGUAUGAAAUGGAUAUGGAAACAAAUCCAAGUGACUUUUUAGAAAUGACUUCAAUGGUUACAGAAGAACCUGAAGAAUCACAAUUGAGACAUCAGGAACUUUCCAGUAAUUUACCAGAGCACACAUCUCAACAGCAUGAAGUAUAUGUUUGUUCCUUGUGUAACAAAGCAUUUAGUUCAAAAGGUCAUUUGUCUUUACAUGCACGUAUUCACGUGGGCGCUGGUGAUGUGAUCGGUGAAAAAGUUCUUACAGAUGAUCAUACAUCCUAUAAAAGACCCUAUCAAUGUGAUCUUUGUCAUAAAUCAUAUUCUACGGCGAAACAUCGUUGGGGUCAUGUUUCUACAACUCAUAGAGGCCAUCCGGCAGUGACAUGCGGUUACUGUUCCCGGAUCUAUUCAACCCGAACAAAUUUAGAAGAACAUAUAAAAUCGCGUCACGCUGGUCUUCCAGCACCUACAGAGGUUGCAAUGAACAACAUCUAUCGUUCGGAAAAUAGAUGUCAAUGUAAUGUAUGUGGAAAGAUUUGCACGGAUGCCAUGGAAUUGAAUCUUCAUGGUAGGAUUUGUGCUGAAGGACAGAGAUUGGAUCAUCCAGGGAAAAGUGAGAGUAGGGAUAAUAAAAUCGUGGAUAGUUCUGAAGCUUCAAGUAUCGGUAGUGACGAUGAUGGCAAAAUUUUAUCAAAUGCAGAAGCUAAAUUAGCUAAGAAUCCUCAGUUGACAAUUUUAAAACAAGCAUUAACGAAAGGAGAUAGCCUUAAACGAGAUUUUGAAGACAAGUUUACAACAAAUUGUAAACCUCAAAAGCUACCGAAAACAGAAAACACUAAUAUUCAAAACACUAAAAAGUGGUACUGUGAAUCUUGUCCUCAGUCUUUUACUUCAGUUGAGGAUUUGAAAGAGCAUGAAGCAGUUCAUGAUGCUGAUAAGCCAUACAUUUGUAUUCUAUGUAAAAAAGAUUUUGUCCUGAAGUCUUCCUUAAGCAGGCAUAUUCAAACAUUACAUGGUGUUGAUCCACUACCUAUAGUAGAAAGUGAUAAAUGUCUAAAAAAAAUUCUUUCACAAAAUUGGAAUGAAUCUAUGGAAAUUGAUUUGUAUUUUUUUUUUUUUUUUUUGUAGAUAAAUGCAGAAAAUGAAGACGAUCAUGAGAGUGGACAAGAAAAUCUCAUUGAAAUUGAAACUGUAUUUGUUUGUGAAAUUUGUACUCGCGAUUUUAAUGAUCGUGCUUCUCUUUGGCUUCAUAUUCGAGCUACUCACAAAGAAUUUGCGGCAUUUGCAUGUGGCGUUUGUUUAAAAAUUUGUGCAGAUAAUACACAACUUUUGAAUCACGUAAAUAUGUACCAUGGCGGUUCAAAAUUACUACUUUCUGAACAAAGAAGGUAUAGUUGUACCAUAUGUGGCAGACAACAUGAUUCUAGAAAAAAGUUAAUUGCACAUGUGUCUAUACAUAAUGUGGAUCCAAAUUAUGAUCCUGCAACUUUUGUUCAGUUGAACAGUAAUUAUUAUGGAGAGAAUAUUAAUGGCAAUGAAACAGCAGAACAAAUGCUUGAUUAUGAGGAAGAUGGAGAUAAAGUGGAUUGUUAUAUUUGUUAUAAAUCAUUUCCUAAUGAAGAUCAUUUAAUACGACAUCAAAGAAAUGCACAUAGGUCUGAACAACUAGUGCCAACAGGAGAUUCUUUAAAUCCAUCGAGUUUAAAUGGUGGUGGAAAUAGAGCUCAAUAUCAUCUCUUUUUUGUUUGUGAACUUUGUGGUAGUUCACAUCCUAGUAAAUGGGAACGUUGGUUACAUGUUAGUUCUUCUCAUAGUAAUGAACCAGCUAUAAAAUGUGAUCGUGAAGAUUGCGGUAAAAUCUUUGCCACAAAAUCUCUUAGAAACGAACAUAUUCAACAUCACGCAAUUCAAGGCUCGUCCCCAAAUACAUGUGAAAUUUGCGGUAAGCUUUGGGGCAGUAGAGUUGAUUAUUGGAAGCAUGUUAUGGGUGUUCAUUCGGAUACUGUUCCAUUGAUUUGUGGUGUCUGUCUAAAAGUGUUUCCAAAUGUUUUACAAUUAAGUACUCAUGUCAAAUCGAAACAUUGGCCGUUAACAAAUGGUGAUUUUAGUUGUGACAUUUGUGGUAGACCAUAUUCGAAUAAAUCCAAAAUGUCUAGACACAGAAAAAUUCAUGGUUUUGAAGAGAGUUGCGACAACGGAGCAGAAAAUAACGAGAACAAAGUAGACGGACGAAUGAGAGAAACUGAAUUAAGUUGUGAACUCUGUGCAGAUUUAAUGUUUAAUAGUUUAGAAAAAUUGUGCAAUCACAGGCGAAUUGUUCAUGGACUUUUCCCUUGUGAUCUCUGCAACAAAUGUUAUGGAAGAACUUCACAUCUGUGGAAACACGUAAAUAGAGUUCACAAAGGACAUGAAGAUGUAACUUGUCCUUAUUGCUUAAAAACUAGUGCAUCAAAAGAUCAUUUAGCAGCACAUAUUUCAAAAAUUCAUAGAUAUGAACCUGAUUCCAGAAAAGAUGGAAAAGAUAAUAGACAAUUUAAAACUGAAGAAGUUAGUUUACAUUAUUGCGAAAAAUGUAAUAAAGGAUUCCACAAACGAUAUCUUUUACGUAGACAUAUGAAGGGAUGUCAGAACUACAGGAAAGAUCCUGGAGCAUUAUUAACAAGAUGUAGAGCUUGUGAAAGAAUAUUCAAAGAUCGCGCUAGUUUACAAAAACAUAUUGAGAAUCAUCAUAGCACAUACACGUGUCAUCUUUGCAAUGAGACAAUUAUCUCAAAACUAGGAAUUAUGACACAUAACAGAGUGAAACAUAUGGAUCAUCCAGAUUUAACUUGUAAUUUUGGAUCUUGUAAGAAGUUAUUCAGAACGAAGGAAGAUUUAGAGGCCCAUAAAAAGGAUCACAGGUAUCAUACAACUCCUAAUGUCUGUGACUUCUGUGGUGAUACUGUUGAGAAUAAACUUAAAUUAAAGAUGCAUGUGUUGUCUCUUCACCGCAAUGAAAUUGGUGUUUCUUGUGGAGUGUGUUUAAUUCCAAUGAAGGAUCCGAAAGAACUUAAAGGCCACGUAGAAGAAGUCCAUUCCGGUGUCCUCUCAAAACCUAAUACAUGUCAAGUUUGUGGGAAACAGUAUGCCUCAAAAUGGAAAGCUUUCGAUCAUACUAAAAAGUGUCAUGGGAAAGUAUUUAGGACCUGUAAACAAUGUUUAGCUGUUUUUACUGAGGAUUCUGCAAUUCGGGAUCAUUAUGAAACAGUACAUAAUAUUUCCAAAGAUCAGCUUGCUGCAUUUGAAUACAGAUUAGAUAUCAGGUCGAAAAAUGAAGAUUUUGAAGUAGAGUCUCCCGAUAUAAUAGUUAAAGAAGAACCGGAAGAUUUGGAAUACGAUGUAGAUAUCUGUGAUGAGGAUUCUAGCGAUUCAAAAAGAAGAAGGUCUUUAACAGAUACCUUUGACUGUGAAAUGUGUCCUGAAAUGUUUGUGAACAGUGAUGCACUUUCAAAACAUUAUCGAAACAUGCAUAAUACAGAUCCAGAAAGAAUGUUUAAAAGGUUAAAACAAGAUGAACAAAGAAGAAUGCGUGGAAAAAUGAACUUCUUUUGUAAGAAUUGUAAAAGACAAUUUUGCACGAAAACAAUGUAUUGGAAUCAUGUUGCAAAUUGUAGAAGGAAUAUUAUGCGGAAAGAAGAAGAACUUUUACCUUUACGGUCUGACAUGUUAAGUAAUCGGGAAGAACUUUUGAAAAAUAAUAAUCAAAUUAAAAAAGAAGAACCUACAUCUAAUUUGAAUAUACCUGAUUUUAAUCUCUUUGAAGAUAUAAAUCUUCAACUGUCAGGUCAGAGACCACUUCCAAAUCUUAUGCCGCUCUCUCAAAGAGCGAAAUCAACAAUGAAAUGUUCAAGAAAGGAUUCCAGGAAAGUAUAUGAUGAAUCAACAAAUACAGAAUGCGCUUGUGAAGUGUGUGGAAAACAAUGGCCAGCAAAAAAACACUUAUGGCAACAUCUAAUUCGUUUCCACCGAGCAGAAGCGGCAGUUACUUGUGGAGUGUGUUUAAAACUUUGCAAGGAUUAUGAUGAUUUGGCUGAACAUUUGAAAGCUGCGCAUGAAGCAAUACUUUCAUGUGAAGGAAACAAUUUUACUUGCAAAACUUGUGGCAGGUAUCAUAAUGCACGUAGUAAAUUGUUACUACAUACAAGUAUUCACAUUGGACAUGCAGGUAACAGCACUUGGUGUCCAAAGUGUAGGAAAAAUAUUACUGAUGAAGCUGCUCAUAUAAAUAAUUGUCUUGGGAAGACAGAAGACGAAGAACCAUUGAAAAAUAAUGAGAAAGUAGAAGAAAGUCUAAUAGCGGAUGAUACGAUGAUUGAAGAAGUAGAAGAAGGAGAUUUUGAAUCAGAAGCAGAAGAAGGAGACACAGAAGAAUCGGAAAGUGGUAGUAGUACCGAAGUUGAAGAAGAAAAUGAGUCAGAGGGUGAAUCUAGAGCAACGGGGGAAAUUACUUACAAUUCAGAAAGUGAAGAUUCCGAAGAUUUAAAUUUAGAGAUUGAAGAAAAGAGCAUGCAACGCUAUACUUUGGAACACCUUCAGGAAACCAAAAAUGCAGAAACAGUAAAAAAUACAGAUGUAUCGGACGACGAUGGACCUCCAGUUCUCAGCCCUAUAAUGCCUUUGCUUCCUGAAAAUAUGUCUGUAGGACAGACAUUGGGCCAUAAACUUGUUUCUAUAGUAUCUCUAACUGGAAAAGAAAUGCAAAUACGUAAUCUCUCAGAGAUUCGAAAUCAAUCUUCUCCAAAAUCAGUAAAUCUGUAUGAAAAACGUUUAACUAAUAAUGAAUCCUUGGAUUUUGAAUCGGAAACAUUUAUAAAUCGAAGCGACGAAGACUUUGAAGAUACAAAAAAUGAAUUUGAUGAAAAUUCUAUUGAAGAAAAUGAGGAUAAUGAAGAGAUCGAAGAAAAUGACGAAUACGAGAAUGAAGAAAAUGUGGAAAAUGAAAAUGGAGAUAUUGAAGACAUUGAGGAAAAUGAAGAGAUUGAAGAGAAUUAUGACAUUGAGAAGAUAGAAGAAAAUGAGAAUAAUGAUAUCGAAGAAGUUGAAGAGGACGAAGAAAAUGGAGAAUUUGAAGGAACAGAAGAAAACGAAAGAAAUGAAGAAAUUGAGCAGGUGAACGUCGAUAAAAGAAAUGACGAAAUCGAUGAUACAGACGAGCACGAAGGACAUGAUGAAAUUGAAGAAACAGAAGACAGUGAAGGAAAUGAAGAGAGGGAAGAAAACAUGCAACUGGAUGAUCUAGCAGGUGCUGUUUUAAUGGUAGCCGAAGGAGAUCAAAUACUAAUUCCGCAAGGAAUGUUGGAAGAUGAAAAUGAAACUUCAAGUCAAGAAUACGUUUAUUCUACAUUUAGGUACAGUACAGAAGAGGACAGUGACGAUGCAAGGAAAUGAGUGCCAAAUUGAGAUUAAAUAACUUGAAAAAAAUAG